UCGAUUCGUUCUGGAGUGGGCUGCUCUGAGCUAGCAGGUCUGUACUGCUCACGGCUUUUUUGUUUUUCUGUUUAUUUCACUAGUCAGUCACAAUUCAUUUCCAAAGUCCAUUUUAACUAUGGCAGAUCCAAGAAUACGACAGAUAAAGAUCAAGACUGGGGUUGUAAAACGGUUGGCUAAAGAGGAGGUGUUGUAUAUAAAGGAGGCGAAGCAGCAGGAGGAGAGGAUCGAGCGGCUGAAGGCCGAGGCGGGGGAUGAGUAUCUCAUCAAGAAACAGAUGGAGGUGCUGCAGGAGUCCAGAAUGAUGAUUCCUGACUGUCAUCGCCGUUUAGCCAUGGCUCAUGCUGACCUGCAGCAGCUCCUGGAAACGGAGGAGGAUCUGGCAGAAACAGAGGAAUACAAGGAGGCCAGAAGCAUUUUAGACUCUGUCAAGCUGGAAGGAUGAUGUAAACACACAGCACACACAGUCCCGAGUGUCCAUUCCAUUUGUCAGGACUUGUUAAGAAGUGUCGAUUCAAGCCAGAUGUCUCUUCCUCCCUCUCUCUCCCUUUCUGUAUUUAUUUUUAACUCACGGAAUGACGUGCCACCUGAUCCUUAACGUUCUCUGAUGAUCAAAUUUACACAAAACAUCAAAUAAACUUCCUUUCUUACGA